AGUCAGAUCUGCCUGCCCCGCUCGACGCCGAGGGACCACCCACGACUCCACCAGCAGGACGCAGCUCUUCCUCUUCCUCUUCCUCUUCGUCCCCUCCCACCACCUCCCGAGAUCCCCGCCCACCGACCCGCGCCGACGCGCGGGGGCCCGGCGGGCUCGGAGCGCCCGAGGCGGCCCUCGCUCUGCCGUGCGGAGUCGAGCCAGGACGCCCGCCAGGGCCAUUCCGCGCCUCCCCCCCCCUGCUCGCGCGGCUGACGGCGAGCGGCCAUGAAUUUCCUCUACCGAGCCGCGCAGCCCGAGCUGCCGCGGAUCCCCGAGCAGCCCAAGACCCUGGAGGGCCUCAUCGCCGACGACCCGUUCCGCGUCUCCGCGUCCGCCGAGGAGGACGGAACUGCCAGCAACGGAGCCGGAGAGAUCGGCGGGGACGCUGCUGCUUCCCCGCCGGCUGCCACCUCCCCAGAUUCCAAAAGUUCGGCUCCGCCCGGAAAGCACAGCGAUGUUUCCCAGGACGAAGGGUGGAUCGCAAUUCCCAACAAGGAGCUUCCUGAGGAUUGGAGUGAGGUUUCAGACAUGCUGCAGCUGCGGCCUUUGGAUCGCCCCUUCCUUUUUCCCGGCGAGCAGGUUCAUAUACUGGCGUGCCUAUCAGCCUCUAAGCAAGAUAUGACCUCCAUAUCUCCGUUUAGAAUUGCUGCCGUGAUGUCUAAGAACGGAAAUUCGCCGCUGCACCCCACAAAUAAAUCUAGCCCUGUCAGUGAGAAUGGGGAUACAAAUGGAACAGCCGGAGAAAAUAGUUCUCUUGGUGUUGAGGACAACAUGGAGAGUGUUGAACUUGACGAGAAAGCAUCUCCUUCAGAGCAAGAUAUCGUGGAGACUGAAUCUCUCCUUCGGAUGGAAGAUCGCAAACAGCAAAUAGAAACCGUGCUGCAACAAUUCAAAAGAUCCAACUUUUUUGUCCGAAUUGCGGAGUCAGAUGAACCUCUCUGGUCCAAGAAAAGAGUAGCUGCAACUAAGUCGGCAGAUGAACAAUCAUAUUCAGAUAGCCAGGGAAAUAAUAGAGUUUCAAGGAGUACUGCUUACAAUACCAUCUCUGAUAAAGGGGUUUUUGAUGGUAGCACAUCUGGAGGAGUCGCUCGUGACACUGUAAGGUGCUAUGCUCUGCAAAAUGGAGACAUCGUGGUUGUUUUGCAAGUCAAUGUUGGUGUUAGCAAUAUGGUCGAUCCAGUGCUUGAAGUUCUUCAAUUUGAGAAGUGUACAUCAAGCAAUUAUAUGCGUGAGAAUCUUGUAAACGGACUUCCUAAUGGUUAUGAGGAUCCUUGUCAGGAGCUACUUAGCUGGUUGCUCCCAUUAGAUCGCACAUUACCUCCUCCUCGUUCUUUAUCACCUCCUACUCUCACUCCCAGUAUAUCACACAAGCAAUCUUAUUCUGCUUCCGGGUCUCAAAUAUUUUCAUUAAGUCAUUUCAGAAGCUAUUCAAUGCCUUCAUCCUCCUUUCCCCAGCUUCCCAACAUAAGAUCACCUCCAAUAUCUGAAAAUCAAGAAUUUGUUCCUGAAAAGCCUGCAAAAACACCUGAUGUUAUAAAUGAUGGGCAACUUUCCUUUAGAGGAGUUCCUUUGGAGCCUGAACGGUAUUCUGUACGCUGUGGUCUAGAAGGUGUAUAUCUACCAGGGAAAAGAUGGUCAAGAAAAGUUGAAAUAAUUCAACCAAUUGAAGUUCAUUCUUUUUCUGCCAAAUGUACUGCAGAAAAUCUUCUUUGUGUCUUAAUAAAGAACAUUGCUCCACAGCAUGUGCAAGACAUAGUUGUAUUCAUAGAUGCAAUUACUGUUGUGUUUGAGGAGGCAUCCAAAGGAGGUUCUCCUUUAUCUCUACCAAUUGCCAGUAUUGAGGUCGGACAUGGUCACAGUUUACCAAAUCUGUCACUCAGGCGGGGUGAGGAGCACUCAUUCAUUUUGAAGCCAGCAAUUAUGUCCUCCAGGGACCGGAGGAUCAACACUGAUGUACCUCUGACUUUGUCACUCCCAAAGAUGAGUGGAGCUGCCACAAAUACUUCCACGCCUAGGGUCAGCGAGCUUAGCGGUGGUCUUACUGAUCAGUAUGCUGUACUUAUAUCAUAUCGCUGCAAUUAUACAGAAUCAAAACUUUUCUUCAAGCAAGCCACAAGCUGGCAACCCUGUGCAGCUAGUGAUCUUAUGAUCUCUGUGUCUUCUGAACUCUCAUUACGAAAUCCUAGCCCGAGUGCUCGAGUUCCUCAACUCCCCGUGCAGGUCUUAACCCUUGAAGCUACUAAUAUGACUUCAGAAAACCUCACAUUAACUGUUCUUGCUCCAGAAGCAUCUGGCUCUUCUUCAGUUGUAUCAUUGAACUCAGCUCCAACCACACCAGAUGGUUCUUAUGAUAAUCUUAAUGAGCAUAUGAGAAGAUCUGGCUUGGGAAAACAUGGAACUGGUUUUCGGAGACUGAAUUCAGUCGUUGCUGGAUCUCCAAAAGAAAGUGACAAUGGAGGAAAUAGAAUGAGCACUUCAGCGGGCUGUACUCAUUUGUGGUUGCAGAGUGCAGUUCCCCUAGGGUGUGUGCCUGCACGGUCAAGCACCACUGUCAAGCUCGAGCUUCUCCCAUUAACAGAUGGGAUCAUUACACUAGAUACAUUGCAAAUAACAAUAAAGGAGAAAGGUCUUACGUACAUACCAGAGCACUCCUUGGAGAUACACGCAUCGUCUGCCAUCUCAGCAGGAAGGUCAUAGUAGGAAUUAGCAGAGUAUUAAUUACUCUUAUGUCUUCUGUGGUUGAACCUCUGCGUGGAGUGCGAGUCCAAGUGUGCAACUGCUAAUUUGAAUUGGAUGUUGGACAUGGCAGCUCAUAUGGCAGGAUCCAGGAGCGGAGGCAGCCAGAUACCUGUAAUGCUGUUUCUGCCGCGAUGAUCUCCGCAUCAACUGGAUAAACUGAGACCAAUGCUUUGUGUUAUCCAGAUUCUCAUAUAUGCAUUUAUACGCGGAGCGCUGAGCGAUUGGGUAGGCUUGUCGAAAAACCUGUAAUGUUGUGUUGCAUAGUUUUGAUAUCAUUUUUGUGGUUUUCCAUUCUUUUGGGUUACAUGUAAAACCUGGCACUUGGCCUUGUGUUAGUUGGCGGGAGUAUGUAUCAUGUGAUGUACUAUCGAAAAAAAUGAGAAAUUUUCGCA